CUUCCGUCGGCUUCUCCACUCUACACGUCAGCCUUCUGUUUCUCUCCCUCUCUCUUGCCUCAAUCCAGUGUUUCUCCUCCCGAUCUGUUUUUGGUGGUAGGAAUCACAAAUCAAAAAAUAGUGAUCUCUAAAACUCUCUGUCACAAAUCUGAUCAUGAUGAAUUCCAUGUUUGAUGACUUGAAACGCAUGGAUAAGCGACAGGUCUUGUACCAGGUCUUGUCGUUUGGUAUGAUUGUGUCGUCGGCGCUGAUGAUCUGGAAGGGGUUGAUGGUGGGCACGGGCAGUGAGAGCCCCAUUGUGGUGGUCUUGUCGGGGAGCAUGGAGCCCGCAUUUCACAGAGGAGAUCUCCUUUUCCUCACCAAUUAUGAACAGGAGGACAUUCGAGUGGGAGAAAUUGUCGUCUUUAAGGUGGAGGGUCGCGAUAUCCCGAUCGUUCAUCGGGUCCUGAAGGUCCACGAACAAGACGACGGCAGUAUUAAGUUCCUAACGAAAGGUGACAACAACUCGGUGGAUGACCGGGGCCUUUACGCCCCAGGGCAGAAUUGGCUGGCCAAGAAGGACGUGGUGGGACGGGCCCGGGGCUUCUUGCCGUAUGUGGGCAUUGUCACCAUUCUGAUGAACGAAUAUCCCAAGUUUAAAUAUUGUGUUCUGGCCUGCCUCGGCAUCUAUGUCUUGAUUCAUCGCGAGUAAAACUUAUAUUCGUUGUUUGUUAUUAACCUAUGCCCUGUCUCGAGUCGAAAGACAUUCACUUCCACUUCGAAGAUAAUCUCAAAA